AUGAACCCAACGGUAGUGCUCAGCACAGCGGUGGCAGUAGCGGCGGCAGCCUACGCCUUCAAGCCCAAGAAGAAGACCGAGCUCGAGGCCAAAUCUGUUCCCAUCCCUGAGCCUAAAAGCUAUCUCCCCUUACAGAUUGACACUGUUGUCAGUUACAUCUACAACCUCUUGAGGGGUCAAGACGAGCUCGAGAUGUUGUUGAAGGACAUGAAGGUUCACGGAAACACUAUCAACUUUAAGGGAUUUAACGAUGACUUCAUUGUCGUCACCGAUCCUUCGAGUAUUCAGCAUAUCCUCGCCAAGAACCAGCCCAACUACGAGAAAGGACCGUUCUUUAAGGAGAUUUUUCAUGACUUUUUGGGCUCUGGAAUCUUCAAUGCCGAUGGCGAUACCUGGAAAUCCCAGCGCCAAAUCGCGAGACCUCACUUCCAGACAUCCGAGUUCAAGGACGCAGCUUUGAUCAACAAGCACGUUGACGGGCUCCUCGUCCUCAUCGACAAGCACAUCGCCACCAAACCAGAUACUCCUCUCGAGGUCCAAAGCGUCUUUUGCCGGUUCACAUUGGACGAGGCCUCCGAGUUCCUGUUCGGCGCGACGGUCGAUGCUCUCAAGAACGAGCAAACCGAGUUCAGUACAGCGUUCAACUACGCCCAAACCAUGACCGCCUGGCGUUUCCGCAUCCCCUUCUGGAAAUACAUCCUACCUCGACGAAGGAUGAUGACCGAGAUCAAGAAGCUUGAUGAUUUCGUCUACAAGAUCAUUGACGAUGCCAGGGCGCGUCAAGCUGCGCGUGCCCAGGAGAAGAAAGAAAGUGGGAAGGAGAAUGAGGAAGAAGAGGAUGGCAGACGCGAUACGCUGUUAGACCACUUUUUGAGCCAGCAAGAUGAAGAUGGGUUCGACAGCAAGUAUCUUCGUGAUAUGCUCCUCAACUUUUUACUCGCCGGUCGCGACACGACGGCAUCGUUGCUGUCAUGGACAACUUGGAAGCUCGUCCAGCACCCCAAGGUACUCGAAAAACUGUACCAAGAGAUCGUCCAGGUGAUCGGACCUGAUCGCGUCCCCGGAUAUGAAGAUAUCAAGAAGCUCAAGUAUCAGAAGCAGGUUAUUAAUGAGGUGCUUCGACUCUGCCCUCCCGUUCCAAUCAACCCAAGAGAGAGUGUCGAAGAAGAUGUGCUUCCAAACGGCUACUACAUCCCCGCAGGAUCCGCCGUCUCUUACUGUGCCUACGCAACCCACCGUCUCCCUGAGCUGUGGGGCGAUGAUGCGCUGGAGUUUGACCCCGAUCGCUGGGGACCUGAGCGUGUGGGCAAGAUCCGUCCGUUCAUGUUUGUGCCCUUCCAUGCGGGUCCCCGAAUCUGCCUGGGCCAGAACCUGGCCUACACGACUGCCCAGUUGGCUUUGACGCGUCUCCUGCAACGCUAUGAUAUCAAAGCCUCGCCCGGGUUUGAGCCUCACCAGUUGGGCGACAUUGUGAUGUUCUCCCGCAACGGUGUCGAGGUCCUCAUCAGCCACAAGCGACCCGCCAGCGAGUUUUAA